AUGACGUUGAAGUCGCAGCUGCCACAUAGCGCUAAGCCCCUCGCCUUCAUAUUGUAUGCUGACAAAACGAAGUUAUCUAGUUUCGGUACUGCAAAAGGUUAUCCCGUCGUUGCACGAUUGGCGAACUUACCCACCCACAUUCGCAACAGUCAAGGAAUGGGUGGCAGUUAUAUUGUUGGGUGGCUUCCUGUGGUGAAGGAAGAUAAAGCCCAUGCCGGCUUGCUGGCAUGGGCUAACUUCAAGGCCACAGUAUGGCACAAAUCCUUUGAAAGGAUACUGUCUUCACUCGCUGCAAAAUCAAACACUGGUCAAUGGUUGGAGUGUCUAGAUGUUGUUCAGCGGUGGUUUUUUCCACUGAUACUCAUUUUAUCUUCCGAUUUUGAGGAACAGUCAACAAUGGUGCUUACUCAUGGUGUUAGGGCCUUAUGGCCAUGCCCAAUCUGUCUUGUUCCCCAUGAUAAACUUUCGGAUAUGUCGCACUGCUAUCCACGUCGCACAUCUCAUGAAUCACAAGCUAUCCUAGCAACUGCACGAGAAAGGGAGACUGCAGAAGAGCAGGAGGAAGUACUGAAAGAAUACGGACUUCGUGAUGUCCAGAAUUCGUUUUUGACAGUGUCCUCAACGGAUGUACAUCGUGCAUUGUCUUGGGACAAAUUGCACUUUCACUCUGGUGGUCUAUGGUCUGAUCACUUAUGGGUCGAGCUUCAGAAGUGUAUAAACGGUCUCAGACGAGAGAAAACAUCUCAAGUAGACAAGAGCUAUGAAGCAUUUCCCUGCUGGCGAGACCAAAAGCAUCCAAAUCAGGUCAUGAACAUCUCAUUUACCAACAACUCCACACAUGAAGACAUUUCGAAGAUGAUAGUAUAUGCGACCCACAAUAUAUUGACAGAGGCAGACUGUCCUCUCGGUUACCUGCUCCUUCGUUGUGUCCGACUUUACCUCGAACUCAAUAUGUAUGCCUCGCUCGAGGUUCACACGACGGAGACUAUAAGCAGUGGCCGACACACACACCUUGCAUUUGCAGCUCUUUUGCGGCAAUAUAUAAACAAAACAGUUGAGAGUGAGAAGAACUGGAAUUUUCCGAAGUUGCACAUGAGCUCACACAUUUUUGACGAUGUCGAGGCAAAAGGAGCAACACAAAACUACAAUACCAAGCCGAACGAGAAGAUGCAUGGCUCGCUAAAGGACUCAUAUUUUCUGCGCACAAACUUUCGUGACGUAGCAGAACAGAUUCUCCGUAUUAAUACGUGGCAGGUGGCUGCAGAUCAUAUACGCCACUGCUUAUUUGAAUUUGACGAUCAUCAACGCCAAUUGGAUGAAGAAGACUUCAUUGCCACUGUCGUUGAUCGCCCUAUCUCAACAUGCAACUACCUUCAUGUGAAACUGGGAUCAAAGCAACCUCCACUGACCUUUGAUGCAAUUCAGAUGGCUCAUCAAGCAGACCAGGCCUUCAGUAACUUCCGUGUCAAGCUCAACGAUUUUCUAAAUGUUCUUUUGCCCUCGUCAAGCAUACCAUUGCCUGAAGGCAAACACAUUCAUCUCUGA